AUUCGUUGACCAAUUACGCUGCCCUGUGGGCGGGACAUGGUUGACGUUUCCUCAUGUAUCAUCAUCAUCAUCCCAUGGACUGAGUUGUUUGUUGUCUAGCAAGAUGGAGUUCCUUUUGGGAAAUCCUUACAGUACCCCUGUGGGGCAUUGCAUUGAGAGAGCCACUGACGGCUCUCUGCAAAGUGAAGACUGGACCCUCAACAUGGAAAUAUGUGACAUCAUCAAUGAAACAGAGGAUGGGCCAAAGGAUGCAAUUAGAGCAGUGAAGAAGAGGCUGAAUGGCAACAGGAAUUACAGGGAAGUGAUGCUGGCUCUAACGGUCCUGGAGACGUGUGUGAAGAACUGCGGCCAUCGCUUUCAUGCUUUGGUCACUAGCAGGGACUUUGUCGAUGGCGUGCUUGUUAAAAUCAUCUCCCCUAAAAACAACCCGCCCACGAUCGUUCAAGAUAAAGUGCUCGCCCUGAUUCAGGCAUGGGCUGAUGCAUUCAGGAGCAGUCCGGACCUCACGGGCGUGGUUCAGAUCUAUGAGGAGCUGAAGAGGAAAGGCAUCGAGUUCCCAAUGUCGGAGCUGGAGACACUGUCACCCAUACACACACCUCAGAGGGUGGCAUCUGCCCCAGAGGGCGACUCCACCCUACAUAAGUACGCCACCACCACUACUCAGCCCACACCUCAAGCUGUCCCACCAGCCUACAAUGCCCCUCAGGUCCCCAACAUCCAUGCCUCUGGAUCCAUAAAUCCUACAGCUGAACAGAUUUGCCGGCUGCGCAGCGAGUUGGACAUUGUUCGUGGAAACACUAAAGUGAUGUCAGAGAUGUUGACUGAGAUGGUCCCGGGACAGGAGGACGCUUCAGAUUAUGAGUUACUACAGGAGUUGAACAGGACUUGUAGAGCCAUGCAGCAGAGGAUAAUGGAGCUCAUCUCCUGCGUUUCCAAUGAGGCGGUGACUGAGGAGCUGCUGCAUGUCAACGAUGACCUUAAUAAUAUUUUCCUACGCUAUGAAAGGUAUGAGAGGUUUAGGUCUGGGAGGUCCUCAGCUCAGAGUGUCAACAAUGGGGUCCUGAGUGAGGCCACAGAGGACAACCUCAUAGACCUCGGCCCAGGCUCCCCAGCAGUGGUCAGCAACAUGCCGAACGCAGCACCGACUAGCCUACCGGCUGCGCUCGUGGCCCCCGCAGGAAGGCCCUCCUCCCCGGCCACCUUGGCAUCCCGCCUGGCUGGUCUUGACAUGGGUGCAGACAGUGUGAGCAGUACCUUGAGCUCUCUGGCUAGCUGCAAGCCUCCCGCCCAGGAUGACGACUUUGAUGUGUUUGCUCAAACCAGGACUGGAGCUCUGUCUGAACCACCACGCAAGAACUCUGCAGCAGAAGACAGAAACGCCACUGGCAGUCUUCCUCCCACUCUAGAUGUCCUACAGCCAACUGCAGGAGCGGGUGUCGGAGGCCAGUCCUCUGUCAUGGAUGACAUAGAGGAGUGGCUGUGUACUGAUGUGAAAGGAGAUGAAGGCGAAGAGGGCGUGACAAGUGAAGAGUUCGACAAGUUCCUGGAGGAGAGAGCCAAAGCGGCAGAGAUGGCCCCCAGCCUACCGUCGCCCCCCAGUGGUGAAGUGGGCGCCACACAGGGAACCCCCAGCCGCAAGAAAGCGGCGAGGCCGGAGGACGCUUUGCUCGCCAUUUAGACCUCCAACCGUCGUCCUUCAGAUCCCGGCCGAAGACCCAACCAGCCGAGCAAUCACCACCCGAGGACAGACUGACCUGACACUAGAACACACCCACCUCCAUCACAACACUGUUCAGUUCCACGCUACAGAGAUUUGUACAUGUAAAAAGGGAAUUAUUCAUGUUCUCCGUUAAUUUCUCGCAAGAAAAGGAAAAAAGAAACAAACAAAUGGCCUGUUUUGAUCAUGACACCAGACGACAUGAUGACCAGUGUCAGAGACUGUGAGGCAGCCUGCUUUCACCUUCUUCUUCUUCUUCUUCAUGAGUGAAGAAUCUCCAUCCGCCUCCGCCAGUUGUGGACUGCAGAGCUUCAUGUUGCAGCUGAUCUUAAAAGUAGAGUUUUCUAAAAGAAGCGUCCUGCUGUUCUGCUCAUUUAGUAGGAAAUGAAUUUCGUACCCAAGCCCUUAAAGCAUGCAUUAAUGCCGCCCAAACCUGACCAUCUAAGUUUAUACAUUUAAAGAAACCCCCAACAGAAAACAUCACAGUUGUUAUUGCUGAAAUGGAGCAGUGAGCAUACCUGCGAGGAUAUUGUUUUGGUGUUUGUAUCAGUCCCUUUGCAAGUUAUUCUGAGUUAAAUUGUAAAUCUGUAAAUGACAAAUGUCAAGUUUAUUAGUCGUGUGUAUAUUUAAGCUACAUAUGUAUGAAAGAGAUGUUGAUUUAAUAUAGAUUUUUUUGGGGAAAAAAGGGGGGUUUAUCUUGCAGCUGCUCUGAAAAUAGAGAAAUACCUCACUGGGGUUUUUCACAUUAAAAAGGGAAUAGUUAUACAUCUCAUUAUUUACAGAAUUCCAUUUAAAAAGAAGAGAAUUUUUCAUUGUAAAUGAUUGGAGCAGCACAUCAACAAAUGUGUUCUUUAUCCUUCUUUAAGUCACCUGUUGUAGAUUUCUCUUUGACAGACUUAACUGCAGUUAUUUGAUGAUUUUUGAGGGGUCACACGAGAUUAUUUUGCUGAGAUUUUAUUAGCUUGAGGCUGCUGUCAGUUUUUCUUUUUAGUAGUUGGUGGUUGGUAUUAAAGCGUAACUUUGGGAUUUAUUUUUGGGAUUAUUUAAGUGACAACAGUUUGUUUGAUUAAAAACAGGCUGCAAUUUAAUCUUUGGGGCAAUCCCGCACGUCACUUUACAUCCACCUUAAAUACUUGUUUUUGCUACUACCAGGCUCAGAGUGUUAGGCCAAGUGCCUGACAACAGUAUGUAUAGUAAAGUAUCUCUACAGAGAUGGAGCUGUUCGUUAAAGAAUUGCCUUUUUUCUUUAAUCAGAAUGAGCAACUCACCACAGCCACCAGACUCCAUUUACAAAAACAAGUUUAUCGUUGCAAAACAUACUUAUUUUAAACUCGACAGAAACUAAAUACAACUCAACAAAACCAUCUCGGUUUGGCUUACCACUGUUUCAACAAUCACCAAUUGCGAUUUGGGUCCCUUAGUUAACCGCGUUGGGUGGGGAAAUAAUAAGAAAAGUGGUCUAAAAAAUACCAAAGUUACCCUUUAAUGCCAUCUUCCAGAAAAUACUGUAUAAUUACUCUUGUUUAUGUAAUCAUCUUCGUGCUGAGCAGAACAUUUGUGUCCUGAAUUUAUAUGCUUGAGAAUUUUAUUUGCCAGUCAGUCGGUCUUACUGGUAGCUGAAGAGACUCAUGCUGUCGUUAAGAUUCACUCUCUGGCCGUAGGUUUUUAGCUCCUGUUUUGGUGUUAUGAUUCCUGUUCUGAAAUCCACUACAGAGGACCAAAUUUGUGCUUCUUUUUUUUCUGGGUGUGAAAAAUCUGAGAUAAUUAGGUCGUUCACACGUAGUCCGGUCCUCCAAAACCUACAGCCCCAGUAUCUAGAAAUGUAAUGAGAAUCCAAUAUCACACUACAGAUGCUGUUCGCACAUUAUCGUCGCACAUUUUCUUCUUUUUAUUUCUUUAUGCUGACAUCUUAGAAGGCCUGACCUUUCCGAUGUGACAUUUGUUUUUUCGGAAGCGAGCCGGCUGCAGACGCGGCGCUGCAAAUUGAGACAUUUCACUCUUUUGACAAUAAUAAAUGCAACAUGUUACACAAUCACAACAAGCUUGGCGACAAGCGCGCACUUUGACGGUCGCAUUACCUUUUCAACUUGUACUGUAAAUCACUUAACACUUAACCUGAUGUAAUUAAUGAGAUCUAUUUAGGAAAUGUUUGACAAGCAUAGAAAUAAUUUAUUCAGCACUGUUUUAUUAUUUUGUUCCGUCUUCAGAUCAGUAUUUGCAAUCAUUUUAUUGUACAAAUGGAACAUGGGAAUGAGAAUGUGUUUAGGGGACAGAGAUGAUCUUAUUGGUGUGCGUUUUAGUGUUUUUUGUCUAUGGAGUUCAGUUUUUCGUUUUCCUUUUUAUACAUUGCUGCUGGCUAACGUAUCGUCAUGGGUGUGUUUUAUCGGUAAUGCGGAUAUUCUUGUGAGUUGAAUGUGUCCAUACAAAAUCGAAAACAACCAAGAGCAGUCUACUGCUGAUUCAUAGCGGUAAGAGAAUCACACAUUUUGUCUCAUGAAGGAAAAACAUAUUUUUAAUAGCUUCACUCACUCUUUAAUUCAGUGAACUGACUUGCACAUGACGGAAACAGACGAUUAACUUUGCUUCAGACACUUUGGAAGAAAGCAUCAACGUUGCACAUUUUGAAAGGGAAACCUCCUUUGUCCUGUUUUUCCUUGUUUUGGUGUUUCGACUUUGUGUGCGUGUGUGUGUGUGUCAGCUGUUCUGUAACGCAGAAAUCUCUCAGUUGAUUGAAGGAAAAAAAAUAACAGAAAAACAACAAAGCUUCCUCCAAAUGUGUGUUUUAAAAAGAAAUACAUGUUGUUACUAUCCUGUUUGAUACCGCCCAGGAUCGACCUGGUUUAUAUCCGUGCGAGCUCUGUCGGUGAUUCCAGCGUCAAGUCGUCUCAGGCUUGUUUUCUCCCGCGGAGCAACAAUCCGUUUCUUUGUGUGUCUCUGGAUGAUGUGGUAAGAGAUGCUGAUAAGGGAGGCUGUGCUGCGUGACUGCUACUUUCCUGAGUUGCCUCAUUUCUCUUUGUGUUGUUUGACUUCUGCAUGAACUCUAAUAAAACAUAAGCAGUGCGUCCGCA